AUCCACAGGUCAGAAGACGAGAUUUCCUUCCCUAAUUCCUGAACAGUGGUAAUAAGGACCAGUAAUAAGAAGAAACCGAAGUGUCUUCACACUGGUUGACCCUCUUCGACCAUUACGAGUUUCAGAUCGUCUUCAUUGUCUUCAUCUUCGACACGAUCUGAUGUCGGAGGUGCAAUCUAGAUAUGUGAAGCUGACCAAGGAACAGGCGCCUGUGGAUGAGAUCAAACCCGGCGAACUUAAUCAACCUAUUGAAGUUCCUCAGUUGAAUGUACGGAAGUGCAAUGAAUGUGGACAGCCUCUACCUGAAAAUUUUGAGCCUCCAGCAGUUGAGCCGUGGACGACUGGGAUUUUUGGCUGUGCAGAAGAUACAGAAAGUUGCUGGACAGGACUGUUUUGUCCAUGUGUUCUAUUUGGGCGCAAUGUUGAGAACUUGAGGGAUGAUACCCCUUGGACUACACCAUGCAUUUGUCACGCUAUCUGUGUUGAAGGUGGCCUUGCAUUGGCAGCUGCAACAGCAGUCUUCCAUGGUAUUGAUCCAAGGACUUCAUUUCUCAUAUGUGAGGGUUUGUUUUUCGCUUGGUGGAUGUGUGGCAUAUACACGGGUCUUGUUCGGCAGUCCUUACAGAAAAAGUAUCAUCUCAAGAACUCGCCAUGUGACCCGUGCCUGGCGCACUGCUGCAUGCAUUGGUGUGCCUUGUGCCAGGAGCAUAGAGAGAUGAAGAACCGCCUAUCAGAUAACUUUGUAAUGCCAAUGACCAUUGUCAACCCUCCUCCUGUUCAAGAGAUGACCUCCGCUGGUGAAAACCAGCAUUCGACACCACACUCUGGAGGAGACGCCACCAACUUGGAGAUGCAGCCUCUAUAAAAAUCCACAGUACUUCCUAUAAAAUGCCACAUUUAGGAUUGCGGAAUAACUUUUCAUCUUAGGAAAAAUUUUUGCAUUUUACAUGAACUCAUAGGAAACUCUUCCAUCCCUGUGUGAAUUAGAUUUAUGAUUUCUUAUGACUCGAGAGAAAGUAAAGUUUGCUUAAUGCAUAUGCUUGUUUAACUCUAAGGUUUUGCAUAAUUUUUGUUCCUUAAUUUUUUUAUACAUUUUUUUAGUCUUUUAACUAUGAAAAAUAUACUUUUGUGAUCCUU